AUGAGUUCCACAUCCAAUACGUCAUCUGCUACAGAAUACUGGGUGGCAGCCGGCGACGUCGAGGUCGACAAGAAAAAAAAACUCAACCCUCGUCGAGCGACUGAGGCAAACUACAGACUACCGAAGAGAGAGGCUCUUCCUGAAAACACAUACGAAAGUCUCCUUGCGGCUUUGCGUGAGGCACUGGAACAGGCCUUUGACUAUCCGGGUUCACGUGCGCCGUUUAUACCUGCAUACAAAAGCAGAGAUGACGCCGUCUCCCGCGCAAAGUUGCUGCGCGACCACGGGCGAGACAGUUCAAAGAUCAUACUGGUGGAUCCAAGGCGUCCUGAACUCGCCUAUUACAGAAGCCUUCAGAAUUAUGCUGGAAAAGUGUCAUAUCAUGGCCCGGCAUUAAGUUCAUCUACAAGCGAUGUCUAUCUUAUUUGGGAGCCUCUUACCACGGAUCAUAAAAAGCGGGAAGAGCCUGUCUAG